AUGGUUCGCACCCAAGAGACAUUUCAGGUCUUCCACGACAGCUUUCGUGGAAUCAUCGGCACUGACCCGUCGAUUGAGAUCCUACACCAGGUAGACGCCUAUCCUUUUGCCCAUGAGGCAGGUGUAUGGAUCGACAAGACAAACGAGCUCUUCGUAACCAGUGGACAGUUCAAGGAUGGUGUGCACCCCAGCAAGCGCGUGCAGGUGUCCAAGCUGGUGGUAGGAGACCACGGUAGCUCACAGCCUGCGCAGCACGAGGAGAUACCCUGCGACGAUAUCCCCAUGGGCAAUGGUGGCGUCAACUACGGAGACGGUCACGUCCUGUUCUGCUCCCAGGGCUCCCUGACACGGCCCAGUGGUCUCGUGAGCAUGGAAAUCCGGCCGCCGUACAGGGUCGAGUCCGUCGUCGACAAUUUCCUCGGCCGACCCUUCAACUCGGUCAACGACGUCGUCAUUCACAGCGACGGGAGCAUCUGGUUCACCGACCCGUGCUACGGGUACGACCAGUCCUUCCGGCCGAGGCCGAGUCUGCCCAACUGCGUGUACCGCUAUGAGCCCACCACCAAGGCCAUCCGCGCUGUGGCUGAUGGCUUCGGCCGGCCCAACGGCAUAUGCUUCUCGCCGGAUGAGAAGACGGUCUACAUUACCGAUACAGACCAGCAACAUGGCGACUCGAAGGACCACAGCCGGUCGGCUUCCAUAUAUGCCUUUGACCUGGUUUACUACCAUGGGGAGCCUAGUCUCAUCAACAGGCGACUCUUUGCUCUCGCUGAUACGGGAUAUCCCGACGGAAUCAAGUGUGAUCUUGCCGGUAAUGUCUACAGCGGCUGCGGCGACGGUGUUAAUGUCUGGUCGCCCGGUGGUGUUCUCCUUGGUAAGAUCCUCAUCGACGGCGGUGCCGCCAACUUCUGCUUCGGGCGCAAUGGUCGCAUGUUUAUCCUCAAUGAGCAUUGCAUCUGGUCCGUUCAGCUAGAUUCCCCGGUACAAGGCGCUUUGUUGGGAAUUUGA